CUCAUCCCCAUCCAAAGUGGCCGGAAAAUUUGCAACAGCUUUUAUACGGCUAGGUAUGUUGUCUUAGCAAACCUGCAAGGCCUUGCGCCUCUGUUGGACAUAUAUUUCUGUCCUCAUUGAUAUCGAAGUGGGGUGGACUCGACAUUCCUUUGGUCGGAUAUCUACAACUUGAGCAAUAUCAUGGCUGCCAGGCGCUCAAGUCGAAUUCUAAAGCCGCUGCUGUAUACGGCAGGUGCUGGAGUCACCAGUGGUGCAAUACUCUACACGGCAUACCGACCGCGAGAUAUCCCUGGCCUGGAAGCCGCUGCGGUUCCGCCACCCACGUAUGGAGAAGGGGGUGUCUUUAGACCUCCAAAGUUCCCCCGCAUCAAGAGCCGUGAUGAGCAAAUUGCAGACCUCAAACGAAGCAUGGGAACUGUUGUGCUCAGUAUGGACAAAUUGGGGAGCGGGAUUAAUACUUGGUUUGGCAGGAGCUCUACUCCCGCAACAGAAGACGCUGGGGAUGGGCCGUAUGAUCUGUUGAUUAUCGGUGGCGGUGCUACUGGGUCUGGAAUCGCGCUUGAUGCGGUGACUCGAGGUCUAAAGGUUGCGCUGGUUGAGAGGGACGAUUUUAGUAGUGGAACUAGUAGUAAGAGUACAAAGUUAGUCCACGGAGGUGUCCGAUAUCUUGAGAAAGCUGUUUGGAACCUGGACUAUAGUCAGUACGCUUUGGUCGUAGAAGCGCUUCGUGAACGACGCUACUUUUUGGAUACCGCUCCCCAUCUUUCGUCAUGGCUUCCUAUCAUGAUUCCGAUCGACAAGUGGUGGAAAGUGCCUUACUUCUGGGCCGGUACAAAGAUGUAUGAUUUUCUAGCUGGGUCCGAGAACAUCGAGAGCUCGUACUUCUUGACAAAGAGUAAAGCUCUUGAUGCAUUCCCCAUGCUCAAAAAGAAAGGGCUCUUUGGUGCUCUUGUCUACUACGAUGGGGCGCACAACGACUCUCGCAUGAACGUGUCCCUCGCAAUGACCGCAGCGUUGUAUGGUGCGACCGUGGUCAAUCACCUAGAAGUCAUAGCGCUAGAGAGGGACGCCUCCGGGAAACUCUAUGGUGCACGGGCAAAGAAUUGCAUUUUGGAGUUGAACGGCAAACAAGCUCAAGAGUUUACAAUCAAAGCGAGGGGUAUCAUCAACGCCACCGGACCCUUCACAGACUCUAUCCGGAAAUUAGACGAUCCGAGUGUAGAGGAGAUUGUCGCUCCUAGCUCUGGUGUUCACGUUAUUCUGCCUGGGUUCUACAGCCCUGCGAAUAUGGGUCUCAUUGAUCCUUCAACGUCAGAUGGACGGGUUAUCUUCUUCCUCCCAUGGCAAGGGAAUACGAUUGCUGGUACUACAGACACACCAACUUCGAUUAUGAAGAACCCCGUUGCAGGAGAGGAUGAGAUCGAGUGGAUUCUGAAGGAAAUCCGGCGGUAUCUUCAACCUGAGAUUAAUGUCAGACGUGGUGACGUUCUUGCCGCUUGGUCCGGCAUCCGACCUUUGGUGAGAGAUCCAAAGGCUAGCAAGACUGAAGGCCUUGUCCGAAACCAUUUAGUCACCACAUCUCCUUCUGGUCUCAUCACAUGCUCUGGUGGCAAAUGGACCACAUACCGACAAAUGGCCGAAGAGACUGUCGACGAGGCAAUCAAAGAGUUUGGUCUGACAACAGCACCAUCAGUGAACGUACCACGUGUUAGCGGAACUGAAGUCGAAGACGAAGCUCCUCUUGACGGCACCUGCCAAACACACCGGGUUCGGCUUAUCGGCGCACACGGUUAUUCCAAGACACUCUUCAUCAAUCUCAUCCAGCAUUAUGGCAUCGAGACUGAAAUUGCGAAGUAUCUUUGCGCAGCUUAUGGUGACCGGGCAUGGACUGUCGCUGCACUCUCGGCUCCAACCGGAAAGCGCUUUCCCGUACGCGGAAAACGCAUUUCGCCAUUGUAUCCGUUCAUUGAUGGCGAAGUCCGAUAUUGUGUGAGGCAUGAAUACGCUCAGACUGCCACCGAUGUCGUCGCUCGUAGGAUGAGACUAGCGUUCCUCAAUGCACAGGCCUCGCUUGAGGCGCUACCUACAGUGAUCGAUCUCAUGAGUGAGGAACUCCACUGGGAUGCAAAGAGGAAGGAGCGAGAGUGGAAAGAUGCGGUAGCUUUUUUGGGCAGCAUGGGCUUACCCAAAGGUAAGCUCACGUUAACGAGAAAGGAUGUUGAGAGUGGAAGGGUGGGGAAGUAUGCGGAUGAGGAGUAUCAGCUUUAUGCCAGACAUGAUAAACCAGAUGAGACGCUCGAGUGCGAGCCGAAGUAUCCAAAAGGCUAUAAUCCUGUCAGGGGACCUGGGUUAGGAGCGAACAAGUGAACUUAUUUGUUGUUUCCUCCCUCCCGUCAAAUGUGGAUAGACGGCUGGCUUAGGAGUAUUGAUUCUACUAGGAACCUAAAAGAAGUGGGCUGUACAUGCAAGAUCGAUAUCGGAAUACUAGUGCCCACACAUUGUUUUCUUCCUGUAAUGUAUCUUGUCACCUAAUGUGGAACAUAGUAUGGGCAUUUCCACAUAUAAAUUUGUAUUUGUUGGCGUUCUCCCUCACGCUAUUAAGAGCGUUAAUU